AUGGAGAAGUUGGAAGAAUUCAAAAUUCUGGCAGAGCAGUGGUCGCAUCAAGGAAUUGAAUAUCUUCAGCAAGUACCACCGACUCAGCUGUAUGCUGCUAUUGGUGUUCUAUUGCUGACAACCCUUUUGCUCAUUUCCAUUCGCUUGGUCAGACGUACCAAAUCCAACACUGUACUCCUUUCUGGGCUUAGCGGGAGUGGAAAGACUGUGCUCUUCUAUCAACUCCGAGAUGGAUCAUCGCAUCAGGGAACUGUAACAUCAAUGGAACCAAAUGAAGGAACUUUCGUUUUCCACACUGAAAAUACUACGAAAGGAAAAGUCAAGCCUGUUCAUCUUGUUGAUGUUCCUGGGCACUCUCGGCUUCGACCCAAGCUAGAUGAAUUCUUGCCCCAAGCAGCUGCCAUUGUGUUUGUUGUGGAUGCCUUGGAGUUCCUCACAAACUGUCGUCAUGCUUCAGAAUACCUGUACGACAUUCUGACCAAUGCGAAUGUUGUGAAGAAGAAGAUACCAGUCCUCCUUUGCUGUAACAAGACAGAUAAACUCACCGCACACACCAAGGAGUUCAUCAGGAAGCAGAUGGAGAAAGAAAUUGAGAAACUGAGGGCUUCAAGGAGUGAGGUAUCAACAGCUGAUAUAGCGAAUGACUUCACGAUUGGAAUCGAAGGAGAAGUCUUCUCUUUCUCGCAUUGCUGUAACAAAGUCACUGUAGCCGAGGCAUCUGGACUCACCGGCGAAACCGUCGAGGUCCAAGAUUUCAUUCGAGAAUACAUUAAGCCCUGA